AAAAAAGCUUCAAGCAAAGGGCCAAAGAGGCUGGAGAAAUUCUCAGAUGAACGAGCUGCUUACUUUAGAUGCUAUCACAAGGUCACAGAGCUCAAUAAUGUGAAGAAUAUAUUACGAAUGCCAAAAAGCACAAAGAAGCAUGCUGUUGGGAUUUAUUUUAAUGAUGACACAUCGAAAACCUUUGCUUGUGAGUCAGAACUUGAGGCGGAUGAGUGGUGCAAGGUGCUGCAGAUGGAGUGUCUUGGAACACGAAUUAAUGACAUUAGCCUUGGAGAGCCUGACCUGUUGGCAUCUGGAGUAGAAAGGGAGCAGAGUGAUGUGCAUGGGGAAUGUACCUUGCAGAUAACAUUUGAGAAUAUCUGUCUUUGGGACAUCCAGAAUCCCAGAGUAAAACUCAUCUCUUGGCCAUUAAGUGCCCUCCGACGCUACGGGCGGGACCCAUCUUGGUUCACGUUUGAAGCAGGGAGGAUGUGUGACACAGGAGAAGGACUAUUCAUCUUUCAGACCAGAGAUGGGGAAGCAAUCUAUCAGAAGGUUCACUCGGCUGCUUUGGCCAUAGCAGAACAACACGAGCGCUUGUUGCAGAGUGUGAAAAAUUCAAUGCUGCUUGAGUUAAAACUCCCCUCAGGGGAAGCAGUGCUAGCCCAGGACCAGGGGAGCACCAAGCUUCAGAUGAAAAUGAGCGAGCGAGCCGUGUCCCUCAGCACCAUGGUGCCCUUGCCCCGCAGUGCCUACUGGCAGCACAUCACGCGACAGCACAGCACUGGCCAGCUCUACGGUCUGCAAGAUGUUUCUAGCCCAGUGAAGCUUCAUCGCACAGACACUUUUCCAACCUACAGGUCAGACCAUCGAUAAAAGACUGUAAAGAACUUUACAGACUCUUUGUCUUCUGACAAACUGCCCCAGUGGAUGACAGUGAUGAUGAUAAGCAAGGAUGGAAACAUGGAAGAGUUCAGGUUGGAUGAAAAAUUCUUGCAAUACAAAGUUUUUUUUAAACUUUGCCAAAAGUUAAAACUAUUCUGUAGAUAUUGGGGAGGGGAACGAAACCAACAAGCCCUCCAGUGUUUCUUUUAUAUCUUACAGCUGGACAGAGAAGAAAUCACUCCCUAAAUAUUUCCAAAUGUUUUUGUAUGAUAGGUAUGUUGUAAAUAUAUGAGAGCUUCUUGUUGUAGUGUGGUUCCAUUUUGUCUAUUACAGCUGUGUGUUCACUGAUGUCAGCUGUGUCGCCCUUGUUUGUUGUAAUGCUUAUCUUUAGUUAUUUACGUUAUUGUUCAGCCUAAUCCUCGAUCUUUGAAACGGUGGCCAGUUUUAAGCAGCUAUUGGAUACAAUUUUUCCUGUUUGAAGCCUGAUGAAGACUUGAUUGAUUUCUUUUAAAAGCACCCUCUCUAUCUUCUAUUUC